AUGUUGGCGCUCACCGUGCUACUGUUGGUGAACCUGGCCCUUGCAGGGCGUUUGCAGUAUACGCUAGACCAGCUGGCCUUUCAGACAAAGUGUGAACUUGUAGAUCCAACCGAGGUGGACAGUGAGCAGGGCUACAAGGGCAUGGAGAAGUUGACGGAUUCCAACUGGGUGGCACCCAAAGGAGAAGCCGAUGGGAAGCACGUCUUGGCCUAUGCCUAUGGACCCAUGUUCAAGGGUUAUGGUCAGAUUGGCGCAUGGAAAUACAACGAGAAGAAUGAGGUCAUUGACUUCUGGUAUUCCAAAUCUCAUUGCCAAGGCAUGUGCAAGGACUGCUGCGAUGGUGGCAAAGGGAAUGAGCCUAGUUGGCUGACGAGGGGUACUGCGCUGACACCAUCAAUCAAGAAGAACUGGCGGGGUAAGGAGACGAUAGUGAAGUAUUUUGAGGGCAGUGUGGUCGACCUACAGAAGUUCGGAAAGUACACGCUGCAGCAAAUGGAUGACCGCUGGGUUCUUAAGAACGAUGAGGGGAAGAUGCUCGACCACAUUUACGCCUGUAGCCAAUCAGAAGGAAUUCCGGCUUUCCGAUCCUAA